AUGAUGUUAUCAGAUCCUGCUGAUUGCGUCCUCCGUGUUGAUGGAACUUGCAUGUGGCAUCCACCUCGCCCGAUGUUGCAGAUUUUCUCACUAAAGUUGCAUAAAGUUCAUGUGGACGGUGGCUUGGUAGAGUUGUAUGGAUAUAUAGCAGCGUGAGAUCGUCUGGAUCCAUUGCUUAAUCAUGUCAUCAAUUUCAGUAGGGAUGAUCCCAUCAUUGUGGAGCAGGGUUCUCUCAUCAACAUGAAUGGCCCUAAGCGAGGGAUGCAAUUAAUAGGCACUAUUCUAAUAGAAUAUGACUUGAGGAUCAAGACUGGCAAACAUGAAAAGGAUGAUCUACAGCUGAUUGAUGGUGCAUCAAUCAUCGAUGACAUUGGCACUGAGGACCGGGAAAUAUUCACAAGACGAAUUCAUGGCGAGUAUGGCACAAUGGAGAUAAGUGCAUCACGUCUUCUCUAUGCAGUUGAGGCGACCAUAGAAGUUCUCAUAUCAGAAGUGUAUAGAAGCUUCAAUUUGCAUCUUGGAUGUUUUACGAGCGGGUUGCAGGAACAAAUUCAGCUCUUUGAUGGUGACAUUGGCGAGUCAUGUGGCUUAAAGAGAUCUGUGGUUGCUGUAAGGAUGCAUACUUCUGUGGAUUUGAAGUUCAAGGUAGGUUCAGAGUCAUCCAGAUCUGAGCAUUGCUGUUUCUUCAAGGCGAACCAACAUGGAUGUGUUAGUAAAGAGAUAAAGACUAAUCUUGGUUUGAUUUCAGUAAAGGUGACUUGGUCACCUUUGCCUAGAGGACUAGGUGUAGUGUUUCCUGCCUAAUAUAAGGUUUUAUGGUGCCAUACUUCUAUAUCAAAAGUUACCUCUGUUAUGAGGAGGCCAAGAGAGAUUAGGCAACCA